AGCGACUUGCGCUAUGCUCUUAUCCGCACCACUACGACAUCAUUUGGGAGCCUCAGUCGUGGGGCGGUGGACGUAGUCGUCAGCAUCUGCAUGUCCCGUUGUUGACAGCAUCGCAAAUGCUGGAACUGCUGAGCCAGUGCCAUACCCCGGCGCUCGCGGAGCUCGCCAUUGAAUUCCUCGCCGACGAUAGAGAGCUCGACCUCUGGCAAUACCUUCCACGUGCGUUCCCUCGUCUCUCCUCAUUAAACGUCAACGUCUACCGUGCCAUCGAAAAUCAUAGCGACAUUCCUGUGCGGCACAUUGCUCGAGCUCUGGCGCCCCUCGUGCACUUGCAAACCCUUCGAACCUACCUGGGGUUCCAACCAGUUCCGUCUCCUCACGCGCUAUACAACCCAGCGGUUCGCACUGGCCUCAAGCGCCUUACCCCGGCGGAGGCGCGUCCCAAGACGGAACGCGAUCACGCGGCCCAAACGUUCGCGAACAUGCUGGCGCCGUCACUACGUGCCAUUAUUCUGAUGCAUCCGACUCACACGUUGGGUUCCGUCUGGAUCAUGUACCGCGUCGUUCCCGGGAAACGUCGCCCUCCUCAGCAAUACGUCUCGCCCGAGCGGUUUUAUGAGCUCCGAUGUGCCCGGGGCGUGCUUCUCGUCGCGCCAGAACAGCAAGAGCGCUACAGGAAGUUGGUGACACCGGGAGGGUCUGUUUCGAGCCGCUCUCUAUGAUCGUCCACUGACAUUGCUUCCGAUUCAUGCCUGUACUACUACUUUACGUAUGACUCUUUUGCUUUUAUCUACCUAUUCAGGUCGCUCAUCCAGACACGACCUGCAGCCAUUCGUCGAAGCCGUGGACAUGCGUGACACUAGCAGACGUCGACGGAAACAUAUUCCCAUGCUUCCCAGGCGAGUCCCCAUGUCCGUCCGAAUUGUGCUAGAAAUAUUUCC